UUCAAAUUCAAAAAUCCCCCCAACGCUCACACUCCCUCUCUUCUUUCUCUCACUCAUCUCUGUGCAGCAAUGUCCGCAAACACCACCACCCUCACAACCCCGACCAAAACCCCGUCGGGAAAAUCAUCCCGCUCCCGGAAACAUCCUCACCCCGAUUCCACCGCCGAGAGCGAAAUGUCAUCUUCGUCGUUGGCCUCCCUUGCCAACUCCAAGUCCCGAUUCGAGGCCUACAAUCGCCUCCAGGCAGCCACGGUGGCAUUCGGAGAGAAACUCCCGAUUCCAGAGAUCGUUGCCCUCGGCGGACAAUCGGACGGCAAGAGCUCUCUCCUCGAAGCACUCCUCGGGUUUCGCUUCAAUGUCCGGGAAGUCGAGAUGGGCACUCGCCGUCCUCUCAUUCUCCAAAUGGUCCACGACCCCACCGCACUUGAGCCCCGCUGCCGAUUCCAGGAAGAGGAUACUGAAGAAUAUGGAAGCCCAGUCGUUUUGCCAUCGGCCAUUGCAGACAUCAUUAAGUCCCGCACAGAGACACUGUUGAAGAAAACUAAAGGUGCAGUUUCUUCAAAGCCAAUUGUUAUGAGAGCAGAAUACGCACACUGCCCGAACCUCACCAUUAUAGAUACUCCGGGCUUUGUUCUUAAGGCAAAGAAAGGAGAGCCUGAAAGAACUCCUGAUGAAAUUCUUUCCAUGGUGAAGUCACUAGCUAGUCCUCCACAUCGUAUACUCUUGUUUCUCCAACAAAGUAGCGUGGAGUGGUGCUCCUCGUUGUGGUUGGACGCCAUUAGGGAUAUUGAUCCGACCUUUCGAAGGACGAUUAUCGUGGUCUCGAAGUUUGAUAAUCGGUUAAAGGAGUUUAGUGACCGGUGGGAGGUGGACCGCUAUUUGAGUGCAAGUGGUUAUCUUGGCGAAAACACUCAUCCAUUUUUUGUUGCACUGCCAAAGGAUAGGAAUACUAUUUCAAAUGAUGAAUUUCGCCGGCAGAUAUCUCAAGUAGAUUGUGAAGUUUUACGACACCUUCGUGAGGGUGUUAAGGGAGGCUUUGAUGAAGAGAAGUUCAGACCAUAUAUUGGAUUUAGCUGUUUGAGAGACUAUUUGGAAUCUGAGCUUCAGAAAAGGUACAAAGAAGCCGCACCAGCAACUCUUGCUUUGCUUGAGCAGCGCUGCAGUGAUGUCACCUGUGAACUAGCCAAAGUGGACUCAAAAAUACAGGCCACCUCUGAUGUUGCUCAGCUCAGGAGAUCUGCAAUGCUGUAUGCAGCUUCUAUAAGCAAUCAUGUGGCUACUUUGAUUGAUGGAGCAGCAGACCCUGCCCCUGAGCAAUGGGGGAAAACAACUAUGGAGGAGCAAUCAGAAAGUGGUAUUGGGGGAUGGCCUGGCAUCACAGCAGAUAUAAUGCCUCCCAAUGCUACCCUUCGACUUUAUGGAGGAGCUGCAUUUGAAAGGGUUAUGCAUGAAUUUCACUGUGCUGCAUAUUCAAUUGAAUGUCCUCCAGUGUCUAGGGAGAAGGUGGCAAAUAUCCUACUUGCCCAUGCUAGCCGAGGAGGGGGUAGAGCAGUGACGGAGGCAGCUGCAGAGAUUGCACGUUCUGCUGCACGCUCAUGGCUUGCUCCUCUUCUUGACACUGCAUGUGAUCGGCUUGCAUUUGUUUUGGGAAAUCUUUUUGAUCUUGCCAUAGAACGAACUCACAACCAUGAUUCAGAAUGUGGCAGGAAAUCCGGAAAUAUGGAUGGAUAUAUUGGUUUCCAUGCUGCUCUUAGGCAGGCACACAACCGAUUUAUAAAGGAGCUGGCUAAACAGUGCAAGCAACUAGUUCGGCAUCACCUCGAUUCAGUUACAAGUCCCUACUCUUUGGUUUGUUAUGGCAAUGACUUUCAAAGCGGUUUUGGCUCCAGUACAGCCUCUUCUUAUAACUUUAACCAGCCUUCAGUCACAUCAUUUUUACUCGAGUUAUCUGAUGCCACGAUGAAAGAUCAGGAGAAUAUACCUCCAGAAAAGAACGCACAACAAACUACUCCUGGAAAAGGUGCAGAUGCCAGAGAUGCUCUUCGAGAAAGCCAAAUGACGGUGCCUGAGACCCCAUCACCUGAUCAGCCAUGUGAUGCUGGCUUGAAGAAGGAUCUUGGGAAUGGUAUUGACGUAGGAGCAAGAAAGCGGAUUUCAAGAAUGCCUGGAAAUAACAGAAGUUCUGACAAUACAAGAACACAACAAAAUGGUGGUUCCCUUUUGUUUGGAAAUGUUGAUGGCACUUUAAAAUCAACCACAGCUUACACAGAAAUCUGUUCAUCGGCUGCACAGCACUUUGGGCGGAUACGUGAAGUUCUUGUGGAAAGAAAUGUGGCAUCAGCUUUGAAUUCUGGUUUCCUAACACCUUGUCGGGAUCGGCUUGUUCUGGCUAUUGGUUUGGAUUUGUUUGCUGUGAACGAUGAGAAGUUCAUGGACAUGUUUGUCGUACCUGGCGCAAUUGAUGUACUGCAGAACGAGCGACAAUCGCUUCAGAAGCGUCAAAAGACACUCCAGUCUUGUUUGAAUGAGUUUAAAAGUCUUGCUCGCGCACUUUAAUGGUAGAAAUAGUUUUAUAGGGGUUGUAGCUCAAGGUUUACUGCCAGUGAACAAUUGAAAUUCACUCCGAGGCUAAAAUUUGUUGUUGCUAAUCAUUGAAUGCCUCAUCGGCUGCGCUGUCUGUAACGCCAUUUUUUCUCAUUUGGCAUUCAUUUUUGUGUAUAUGUCACUCUGAACUUUUAAUAUUGAUUGAGCGAUGAAUUCAUUCUGCAGUUUCA